AUGGGGGAUAUAUACGAGCAUGCUAUUGUCCUUGGUGUGAAAAAUGAGGAUCAAGAUGCUUUUGAAAGGGAUUUCUUCCAGUUGAAGCCUUAUUAUACAGAUGCCUGCAAUCGACUUCCACCAUCUCCUCAGGAGUACCCAAUUCUGGGUCUCAACCUGUUGAGAUUACUUGUGCAGAAUAGGAUUGCUGAAUUCCAUACUGAGUUGGAAUUGCUUUCAUCUGCUGCUCUUGAGAAUCCUUGCAUUAAGCAUGUUGUGGAGUUGGAACAAUCUUUUAUGGAAGGGGCUUACAAACGUGCCUUGAGUGCACGACAGACAGUGCCACAUGAUACAUACGUUUAUUUUAUGGAUCUUUUGGCAGAGACUGUCAGAGAUGAAAUAGCUGGUUGCAGUGAGAAGGCCUAUGACUAUCUUUCAAUUAAGGAUGCUAAGCAAAUGUUACUGUUCUCCUCAGACCAGGAACUCCUUGAAUAUAUUAAAGAGGAGCAUCCUGAGUGGGAGAUUAAGAAUGGUAGUGUCUUUUUCCAAAAGGCAAAAGAAUCUGCACCUUGCAAAGAAAUACCCUCCCUGCAGCUCAUCAACCAAACGCUUAGUUAUGCUUACACUUUUGGGUGUGUGUUUGUCAGAACAGUACCCUGGAACAUUGCUUUUGUUUUUCUCCUCAUAACUGACUAUUUCUGUAAUAAAACAUUGAAGGUUUGAUUAGGCAACCAAAAU